AAUAUAUCUUUUUGCGGCAGUUUUGACUGUUUGCGUUACUUCAUACCGCUUCACAUCUUCUCUUGAGUAGGUAUUUAAUCCAAAAUAUAUAAUGGGUGAUGAAUACGGUGGUGCUGAUGAUUUUGAAUCAGAUGAGGAACCCCUAGAUGAGGUCCCAGAAGAAGAUUUAGAUACGAAACCCGAUGGCGUUACUUAUAUCACUGCUGAUGAAGUACCGCGACUGCCAUCAGGUCAGGCUAUUGUUGGUCCAGUAGAAAAAAGCAAACGAGUUACUACUCCAUAUCUCACAAAAUAUGAACGUGCUAGAGUUUUGGGAGCGCGUGCCCUUCAGUUGUCAAUGUCCGCUCCUGUUAUGGUUGAACUUGAUGGUGAACGGGAUCCCCUAAAAAUUGCAGAAAAAGAGUUAAGAGCUAACAAAAUCCCUAUCGUCAUUCGACGUUAUCUUCCUGAUGGGAGUUUUGAAGACUGGAGUUUAGAUGAACUUAUUUUAACAGAAUAAAAUCUUUACACUUUA